AUGGGGCUACCUCGGAGGGCAGGGGACCCGGCGGAGCUGCGCAAGAGCCUGAAGCCACUGCUGGAGAAGCGCCGCCGCGCGCGCAUCAACGAGAGCCUGAGCCAGCUCAAGGGCCUCAUCCUGUCGCUGCUGGGCAGGGAGAGCUCCCGCUUCUCGAAGCUGGAGAAAGCGGACAUCCUGGAAAUGACCGUGUGCUUCCUGCAGGAGCUGCCUGCGUCCUCCUGCCCGACGGCAGCGCCCACGCCCUCCGACAGCUACCGCGAGGGCUACCGAGCCUGCCUGGCGCGCCUGGCCUGCGUGCAACACACCCGCCGCGUCCUGGAGCCCGCCGUGAGCGCUCGCCUGCUGGAGCACUUGCGCCGGAGGGCGGCCAGCGCCACCCCCGACGGCGGGCGCGCGGGGGACUCCUGCGGCCCGCCCGCGCCCUCCCCACCGCCCGCGCCCUCGCCACCUGCGCCUCCUCGGGACCCAGGCCUCUGGCGGCCCUGGUAG